AUGGGUUCCCUAUAUCGCAGUGAACUAAUGUCUCUUUGUCAGCUCUUUCUGCAUUCCGAGAUGGCAUAUGAUGAAAUAGCGAAACUUGGCGAACUGGGUGUCGUACAUUUCAUUGAUUUGAAUUCUGAAAUGAGCUCACUCCAAAGGCGUUUUGUUGGUGAUCUGAAACGAUGCGAUCUGCUUGCGCAAAAAUUAAAGUUUAUUGAAGAACAGAUUCUAGCAGAUUCCAUCCCAAUACCGCGAUUAAAUGAGUUUGUUCCUGCACCACGACCAAGCGAAAUGAACACGCUCGAAACUGAAAUUGAGGAAAUUGAAGAACAACUCCUAGAAAACAACAAGAAUAUGAAAAAUUUGAUGAAUAAUUAUGCACAGCUAAAUGAAUGCAUGCAGUGCAUCAAUAAAGUGCAGCAACUCCUCACAGAUGGACAGCGACAACAAGCUAGACAGUCAUUGUUAGGAAUGGAAAAUCCAACUUCCGGUAUUGGUGCCAUCCGUCGCAAACUGACCAAUGUGAUGAUAGGGAGAAAGGACAGCAUUAUCCCAGACCGGAUGUCAAGUAUAUUCUCCGGCGAAAAUUUUGUUGCCGGAAUUGUGGAACGCUGUCAUUCAACGGCAUUGGAACGCUUACUUUGGCGAACGUGUGGUCUGAAUGUUUUUGUACGCACUGUCACUAUUGAUUUCAGCGAAGAUCCUUUACUUAAUGAUAUAACACCGAAAGAUGUCUUCAUGGUAUUUUUCUCUGGUGCAGUACUUGGAUUGCGAGUGAGAAAGAUAUGCAAGUGCUACCAAGCAAAAAUAUACGAUUAUAAAGAUCCAGCAAACAACCGAGUAUUACAUGUAACAAGUUUAUUUGGACGUGUGGCUGAAAUCAAAUCGAUCAUUGAAGAAACAAGGAAAUAUCGUAACACAUUGCUCCGAGCAGCUGCUUUCAAAGCUCAUGAAUGGGACAUAAAAUUGCAAAAGAUGACCGCUAUAUUCAUGGUGAUGAACAUGUGCAAUGUUGACAUCACUCAACGAUAUCUAAUCGCUGAAUGCUGGAUUCCGACAGCUGAUAUAAUACGUGUUCGAAAAAACUUCGAUAAAACUGGCAUGGAAAAAAACGGCUAUGUCUUCUUGUGCCAAAUUGAAACGAACAAAGUGCCACCAACAUAUUUUCGUGUCAACAAAUUCACAAAAAUUUUUCAAAGCAUCGUUAAUUCCUACAGUAUAGCAACUUACCGCGAAAUAAAUCCAGCUCCAUGGACAAUGAUAACAUUUCCAUUCCUAUUCGCGGUAAUGUUCGGCGACGCUGGUCAUGGCUUAAUCAUGUUUUUUGUUGCUCUUGCGUUCAUUCUAUUCGAAAAUAAAAUCAAAAUCGAUGAUGAAAUAAUGGGAUCAUUCUACUGUGGACGUUAUAUCAUUCUUUUAAUGGGACUUUUUUCAAUUUAUACAGGCUUCAUCUAUAAUGAUUUUUAUUCGCGUUCGAUGAAUUUAUUUGGUAGUAGCUGGUACAAUCCUUACAAAUCUAGUUUGUUGGAAUUAACGCCAGUUGAUAUGCAAUUUGAUUUAAUAUUGCCGCCACAGUAUGCCUACGACAGAGACAAAGGUCCAUAUGUUUUUGGUUUAGAUCCUGUUUGGAAUUUGGCAGAAAAUCGGCUAACAUUUACAAAUUCAAUGAAAAUGAAAGCAUCCAUUGUUUUUGGCAUCAUACAAAUGACGUUUGGUGUUAUACUGAGCUUAAUGAAUUACUUGUAUUUUCGAUCAACAAUUGAUAUUUACUUCACAUUUAUUCCACAGAUUUUGUUUCUAUCCUGUAUGCUGAUUUAUCUAUGUAUUCAGAUAACGGUUAAGUGGUUGAUGUUCAGCUCCAUACCGGGUAAUGUUUUCGGCUUCUUUUAUCCAGGAUCACAUUGCGCUCCAUCACUUCUGAUCGGAUUAAUCAACAUGUGCAUGCUAAAACCACGGAAGGAAGGUUUCUGGAAUCGAUCUUCAUCUAGCGAGUUCGAGCAAUGUUAUUUACACGAAUGGUAUCCAAAUCAGGGUAUGGUCGAGAAAGGUCUUUUAAUGCUGACUGUACUUUGCAUACCAGUAAUGCUUUUAGUGAAACCUAUUUACCUAAAAUUCAAAACUCAGAAAAUCGCACAUGACGAAGUUGCCAACAUUGAUACCUAUGCAGUGAAGUUUGAUUUUAUGGAUGUUAUGAUGUACCAAGGAAUUCAUACGAUUGAAUUCGUACUUGGAUGCAUAUCACAUACUGCCUCUUAUCUUCGCCUUUGGGCACUUUCUUUGGCUCAUGCGCAGCUUUCUGAAGUUCUGUGGUCAAUGGUGCUUAGUAUGGCCUUUUCAUUGAAUACUUGGUUAGGUGGUCCAGUGUUGUAUCUUAUAUUUUGGCUGUACGGAAUGCUCACAUUUGCUAUAUUGAUAUUAAUGGAAGGACUUUCUACUUUCUUGCAUGUGUUACGACUACAUUGGGUUGAAUUUCAAAGCAAAUUCUAUGACGGUCAUGGAUAUUCGUUUAAACCCUUUGCAUUUACCCAAAUGAAAUCCUUUGAAAUUGCUAAUAAGAAAGAUAAAAAUGUAAUUUGUUAA